AAGCAUCGUGCCUCAGUUUCCCUGUGCGGGUGCAGUGAGGGUGGGAAGGGGAUGUCAGUGCCGUGCCCCCAGGAACCGCGGGGUGCAAUGGGGACACUGGGACGCCAGCACGCUGACCCUGCCGCGGAUGCCAACACCCUGCGAGCUGGCAGCGAUUUCCCAACCGACACGUGAGGCCGAGCCACCAACCCCCCUCUGGGGUGACAGCCACCGAGGAGAAGGGACAGUCCCCGAGGAGCCAGGACGGUCGCGAGGAGCCUCGUUGGGACUUGGGAAGCCAUUGCCUGUCCCCCCCCAGGGCUUGCACAACCCUCGGUGACAACCAGCCCAGCGCCAUGAUGCCACCGGGCCAGAUCCUGUCAGCGCUGCUGCUGCUGCUGGUGCCGUGCCGCGCCGCGCCGUGCGCACCCCACCCCAACGCCACCCGUUUUGUGUGCACUGAGCCCACCCUGAGCACCUUCCCCUCGGGGCUGCCCCCCACCACCCUGGCCAUCUCAGUGGAGUUCACGGCUCUGGCCACCAUUGUCCCCACCGCGCUGGCCGGGCUGCCGCGCCUGCAGGAGCUCCAUCUCUCCUCCAACCGCCUGGCCGCCCUCCCCGAAACCCUCCUGCGCCCCGUCCCCACCCUGCGCGUCCUUGACCUCACCAACAACCUCCUGCCCACCCUCCCCGCUGACAUUUUUGCCACCACCCGCCACCUCCAGCACUUGGUGCUGCGGGAGAACCGUCUGCAGGCGCUGAAACCCGCCUGGUUCCGGCACCUUCCCCGGCUCCUCUGGCUCGACCUGAGUGACAACGCGUUGACCGAGGUGCCACCGGAGGUUUUCCACCCGUUAGGGUCCCUCCGUAGCCUGGAUUUAUCCCACAACCGCCUGGUGUCCCUGGCGCCAGGUGCACUGGCGGGGCUGCGGGCACUGGAGCGGCUCGACCUGGAGGGGAACAGGUUGGGGACACUGUCAUCCGCCACCUUCGCGCCCGUGCCCGCCCUGCGCCUCCUCUUCCUCCAGGACAACGAGCUGCAGGCGCUGCCCGCCGGCAUCUUCGUCCCCUUGCGUCACCUCAGUGUCCUCGACCUGGCACGGAACCAGCUGCGGGCGCUGGAGCUGCCCCCCCGACCCCCUGGCCCUGUGUUGGACCUCGACAUCUCGGGGAACCCCUGGGACUGUGGGUGCCAGCUGGUGGCCCUGCUGCGGCGGGUGACACCGCGUCUCACUGCCACCCGGGACACUGUCUGUGCCAGCCCCCCGCGCCACCGGGGACAGGAGGUGGCCUCUGUCGUCCAGGCUGGGGACACCGGCUGUGAGCCCGGGGAGGACAUGCAGCACCUGCCAGACACCGAGGCAGGGGGUCUGGUGUCACCCUAGGUGAUUCUGUGUGUCACCUCCCUCCAUGCCUCUCUGUCCCCAGAUGAGAUGAACUCUCCUGGGGAAACUGAGGCAGGGAGAGCAGGAGUGCAGCUGUCCCCAUCCCAAUGGCCCCUGUCCCCCCAUCCUGCGAUGCCCACCCCAGUGGCUCCAGCCCCUUCCCACCCAGCUCAGGCUGUCCCAUAUCCCUGUCCCCAUCCUACCUGGCACAUGUCCCUGUCCCCACCCCACAAGAGCACAUUAAACAUGGUCACUUGGUGCCACCGCACACACA